UGGCGCUGCCGGUGCGUGUCUGUGUUCCUAAGGGGAGCGAGCGAGAGAGGGAGGCCGGUUUGGUGAUGGCGGCGCCUCUUCGGUUUCUGGCGCUCGGCUGCCUGGCUGCGCUGCUCUGCUGGGAGCACAGCGGCGUGGGAGGGCAAAAGAGAAAAGAGAUGGUACUUUCUGAAAAAGUAAGCCAGUUGAUGGAGUGGGCCAGCAAAAGAUCUGUGAUUCGACUGAAUGGUGACAAAUUCCGUCGACUUGUAAAAGCACCACCAAGAAACUACUCUGUGAUUGUGAUGUUCACUGCUCUUCAACCUCAGAGACAAUGUGUUGUGUGCAAGCAAGCCGACGAAGAGUACCAGAUCCUGGCAAACUCCUGGCGGUACUCAAAUUUCUUCACCAACAGGGUCUUUUUUGCCAUGGUGGACUUUGACGAAGGUUCUGAUGUCUUUCAGAUGCUAAACAUGAACUCGGCUCCAACCUUUAUUAACUUCCCACCGAAAGGGAAACCGAAAAGAGGCGACACUUAUGAGCUCCAAGUACGAGGCUUUGCUGCGGAACAGCUGGCUCGCUGGGUAGCUGAUAGGACCGAUGUCAACAUCCGCGUGAUAAGACCUCCAAACUACGCGGGCCCCUUGAUGCUGGGACUGCUGCUGGCUGUUAUUGGUGGCCUGGUGUACUUGAGGAGAAGCAACCUGGAUUUUCUUCAUAACAAGACCGGCUGGGCUUUUGCGGCUUUGUGUUUUGUUCUAGCAAUGACAUCAGGCCAAAUGUGGAAUCACAUCAGAGGGCCUCCGUAUGCUCACAAGAAUCCUCACACAAGCCAAGUGAACUACAUCCAUGGGAGCAGUCAAGCUCAGUUCGUGGCUGAAACGCACAUUGUUCUGUUGUUCAACGCAGGCGUUACUCUUGGGAUGGUGCUCCUGCAUGAGGCUGCGACCUCCGACAUGGAAGUAGGGAAGCGGAAAAUCAUGUGUGUUGCUGGCAUUGGCCUAGUGGUGGUCUUCUUCAGCUGGCUGCUCUCCAUAUUUCGGUCUAAAUACCAUGGCUAUCCAUACAGCUUCCUAAUGAGUUAAAAAAAAAAUGCUGCAGUUGUGCUGUUCAUAUGGAGUGGAACAGAAGCAUUCAAUCGGCGUGGAUCAUGCUACCUCUAUUUGAAAUGAAUGAGACUGUUGCACACCAAACCAAAGAUGUUUAGUGCCUUGACAAGAUAAGCAAUUUGCCCUGUAAGCUACGGGGAGUAUUACUACACAUUCACGUUCUCCAUUUAUCUGUAAGCCUACUGUACUCUAGAAUUUAGGAUCUGGACUCUUUGUUUCGAAUUAGUUUAAAGGAACUAACUUUAACUCCUCAGCCACAACUUAAAAGAGAGCCUCAUUACCCAGAUGCAAGGGCCUCCCAAUCCCGACCCCUCCCCACCACUCACCUGCAGUUCCCUGCAGUGCGCCCCAGCACAUGUCUGAAGUGCCACACACACACUCACCCCUGAGAUUCUGAUCUGGGCGGUGCUGCCUUCAGAAGUGGGGGGCGGGGGGGGGGAGAAAGCCAGGUCAGAAGUAAUAGUCUGUCACUGCCAUGUCUCUAGCACUGAUGGGGAUUUGAAUCUGCUGCCAGCCCAUUCAAUUGUAUGUGCUAUUCUUUUGCACAUCCAUGCGGUAUGCCCCUCACUGUAAGGGCAGAGAUUCAGAGUCCCUCCAGAUUGGUGAGGCUUCUCUCUGGGCUUCCAUGCAGCACCCUGGAAUAAGAAGCUGCUGCCGGACCUCCCGGGGAGGUGGGGGCUGGGGGUGGGGUGGGAUGAUGGAUAACUGAACUCCCUCUGAAGAACCAAGACCAGUGUGAUUUAAAACAAAUUCUGAGCUUCCCUCAGAAUGCUAAGACUUUUUCUUCUCCUUCCUUCUCCUCCUCCUCUUAAGAGAGGGGAUAUCUCUUUGAAUAAAGCUUUCAUUUUAUGAGGCCACCUUUUAAAUCUUACCCUGGUAAACCGGCUGAAGACUCCUCUUGUCUGCAUCACCGUGUCUGCUGUCCUAGGGACUAGAUGGAAGGUUUGAGGACUUCUCAACCCCCCACAGCCCACCCUUUUCUGUGCAUUCAGGAUCUGGGGGUGGGGGUGGUGUCCGAGCAAUUGAAUCUCCCUCCAUGGAUCUCCAUCCUUGCUGGUUUGGGGCAAUUAAUCUUGAUACAAGUCCAGAAACUGAACAUCUUGCAUUCAGACCAGGCCAAGCAUCACGCUGGCCAGUACUGGGCUAUUGGGGCUUGCAGCUGUGACACGCCAUUGGUUUUCUUACCUCUAAAUACAGAGGAAGUGUGUGGAGGGAGAGAGAAGCUCUAAAGACAAUGUGAUUUUAACCUUGUUUUGCAAUGGGGAGCCUUGAAAGAGAUGGCUGUCUUCUGCUUCAGCUACUACUGUCUUUUCCACGAGCAAAGAUGCAUGUGCCAUUUGGAUCUUUCUCCUCUUCAUCCAUUCAAGGGAAGUGCUGUGCUUGGUUUCCAGACUGUGGCCCAGAUGUGUCUGGGAAUAGUUAAGCGUUCUUGAAAUGGAUUGGCAGGAGCCCCAGCUGCUUGGCUUGAUAACUCUGAUACCUUCAAGGCAGGCCUAACUCUGGCGGUACAGAACCAGUACGUUGUUUCCCCAAAGGGGGUGAGAGGACAAGAAGCAGAGUGUUAUGAAAGUGAAUGAGAGGGAACGACUGCUGUGUCCAGCCAAGUAGUUUUUCUCUUAUGCAAGUUUGCUACACUUAAUUACAUUUCCAAGUGCCUUAACACAAUUUGUCUAUUUUUGGGGGUAUUGAUUCUGGAAAUACUUUUAAAAGUGCAUUUUUAUACAGCUCAGAGCAUCCUCUUGUAGCAUGGAAAUUGAAAUGACUGAUUUGGUUUGGGUCGACUUUCAAUAAAUACUAAACAGAC